UUAGCCUGACAUAGCAGAUUCUAUGCCACAAAGAUGUCUUCGUUCGAGUUAACCUCGCGCAAUUCCGAAGAAGAAGACUUGUCUGACUACGAUGAAGCUUUAGAUGAAGUAAACCAGCGCAUCAAAGAAGCUUUCGAUAUCUUGAAGCGUGAGACGAGAAAAGUUCGCAAGGAAAAGCGAUCGCUCGACAAGGUCGCAAAGAAGCUGGAGCACGUCCAUUUUUCGACGAUGGUGCAACUUAACGUCGGUGGUCACCAAUUUUCAACCAGUGUGGCAACACUGAAUAGAGAUCCAGGUUCUAUGUUACAUGCCAUGUUUUCUGGGAGAUUUGACACAAAGCCCAGUGAGGAUGGAUCAUACUUCAUUGAUCGAGAUGGAACCCACUUCCGCUACAUCCUGAACUAUCUUCGUAGUGGGCAGCUUGUUGUGCCUGAAGACAAGAUUGUUCGUAAGGAGCUGCUCAAUGAAGCAGAAUUUUAUCAAGUUCAAGGAAUAAUUGAUGAGCUUAAAGCAAGACCUUUCAAGGACUCCUUGAUCUUGUCAUCAGUUCAACGGCAAACCUUGGUGGACUGGUUGAAGGAUACAAUGACAAAUGCUAGCAAUGAUUACAUCUUGCUGUACAGAGCCUCCCGCAAUGGGUGGAAUUCAUCUAACUUUCACUCAUGUUGUGAUAAUAAGGGACCAACAGUUACAGUGGCAAAGCAUGGAAAUUAUGUAUUUG